AUGGGGGCGGCACCAUCACACCAGGAGGCGUCCUCCGCCUCGUCGCGCACCGAGGAUGGCCGCGUCGUGCCGAUGAUGGCAUCCAGCGCUGCUACCACCUCCGAUACCGCCAACCAGGCCCAGUCCAAGAGAGCGCCGGCGCCUCACAUGUUCCGGGAGAUCGUCGCCGGGGAGAAGGUCACCGAUGUGGCUGCACUAGAAGACCAGGUCGGCACGGGGAUCCUCUUGGCCGGGAAGACAAAGAAGUAUUGGGCUGAUCAGAGGACCAGGCACAACUGCUUCAUGCUGCUCCCCAGAGGCCUCCACAUCACCUGGAGCGAGGACCUGAAAUACUGGACUUGGCAACCCCUGAAAGAAGGAAGUGACGCGGAAGCCGAAACCGAGGCGGCGGCGCUGCAGAACGUGUGCUGGCUGGAGAUCAUUGGGAAGCUGGAGCUGUCCCACCUCACACCAGGAAUCACCUACGAGGCUGUCUUCGAAGUGAUGCUCACCGACCCGGCCUACGGUUGGUCUACGCCGGUGAACCUCCGGCUGAAGCUCCCCGACGGCACGGUUCAGCAGCACAAGGAGAACCUGAUGGCCAAGCCCAGAGGGGAGUGGCUGCAGCUCAAGGUUGGGGAGGUCAAGCCGCAGAAGGGGCAGAAUGGAGAAGCCGAGGUCUCCAUGUUUGAGUACGAGGGUGGGCAGUGGAAGAGGGGGCUCCUCAUCAAGGGCAUCAAGGUCGUCCCAAAAGAAUGAUUUGGUUCUGUUUUACUGCGGACGAUCGUUAGCGUUUGUUUGUCAACUAUGCAUGGAAUAAUAUGGUAUUUGGGCUGUUACAGAAAUUAAAGGCUUCUGAAUA